CAAUGAGAGUCUGUAUUCAGCUGCGGUAAGCCAGCCUCUCCGGACUAACCCCGUACGCGCUCGGACUGCUGACAAUCCACUGCGCGGAUAACGCGCCGCGACUCCAGUUUUAUUCAGUUUGUUUGGGAAUCACCACAAGGAACCGUAAACAGCGUUUAAGAUGACAAUGAUGGAAAGUGCCUGUACACUGCCUGAACUCCCCCGAAGUUCGCGGAUUUCUAUCGUCAAGUAAAUGGAUUAUAAUUGCGUGUAUUAUUUGUCCGCUGACACGGGACCUUUGGUUAUAGCCAUAUGUGCGUUCAGGGUUAACGGAGAGGGGAACUAAAGGUCAUGGGAGAGGCAGCUCCGACUCAGGCCACCCCAAGUGGUUUUGCACCCAUGUUGGGCGUCGGGAUGGGAGGAUCAAUCACACCAAUCGCCACUUCAAGAGGAUCGGCCGUUCCUCAGCUCCACAGUGCCAUAGUGGAGCGCUUGCGUGCCAGAAUAGAACUUUGUCGGCGGCAUCACUCCACUUGUGAGGACCGCUAUGAGCGUGGUCUGGCGGAAAAUUCGGACCGGGAACACGAGAACACACUGCAGCUCUUAAACAUCGUCCAUCAGGGCCCCGGGAACAGGAAGACCAAGGGCAGUAGGUCGGCCUCUCAGCAUCCUCCUGAAUACAGCAGAGUGAAUGGGGAACAUAAAGGCCACAGCUCGUCGGAGGCAGAAUCCAAAAUUUCUUCGCAAAUAGCACAAGGACUUAGGAGAAAGAUUGAAGCACAGUCUCCUGGAUAUACACCCAAGCAGAAUGGCCUCUCCUGUGGAGCGUCAGGAUCCGACUUCAAGCGCCUUCGCAUGGAGCCCAGCUCUUUUCGACCUGGAUCCUGUGCUUUAGCUUCAGGGCAGACUCAAAGAUUGGUUGGGGAUGCCACCCAGGGUAACAUCCUUCGAAGAAAGGACACCUUCAUGAUGCCUCAUGGAGUUGGCAGUGAUUUAUUCAACAUAACUCUAAGGGAUAUAAAGAAGGAACCGAUUGAGGUUCAGACCUGUGGCCAGUCGUCCACAGAUCAUGCCCCAUUGAUGUUUGACUUCAAAGAUGAAGUAAGCGAACAGAUUGACCCAGAGCUCCAGGACUUGUUCGAUGAGCUCACCAAGAACGUGCCAUCACUCAACGAUCUAGAGCUAGAGAAGAUGCUAAAGCAAGAUGACUUUGGUCUGGAUCUGGGCCGACCCAGUUCAGCUGGUGCAGCUCCUCCAUGUAUUCACCUGGACAAGCCAAUCAAGACAGAGUACUUACCAGAUUUUAGCCAGACAGCUGGAGGCUCUCAACAACUAAGACCAGCCUCUGCUGGACCUUCGUUUUCUAUGGCCAAUGCAACUUUAUCCACCUCAACCAUCACUUCAGGGCACCAUGGACAGGUACCUACUGGGGGUCCAUCUCGAGGUCUUCCAACAUGGCCUGAGAUGUCACAUGCUGAACAGUUGAAGCAAAUGGCUGCUAACCAACAGCAGCCCAGCCCUAUGCUUCACAACCACCAGCAGAGUCAAGCAGGAGGGGUUAGGAACUGGUCUUCCGCAUUAGGUGUUCACCAAACUCCUGGCUCUUUCAAUCAGGAGACUCUUCCUGGCAAUGCUUCCCUUUCUCAGCAGAGACUUAACGCUCAAAGUGCGGGUCAGGCCAAAGGCAUGUCCAACUGUUUUCUCAAGCCCAAUGGAUUCAACCCUUCCCAUCACAUCGACACAAAGGUUCUCAGCAGUAAGCCCCUGUUGCAUUUCAGCCCUAAAGCACCACCUUCCACCACGGGCAAACAAAUGCCCAUCAUGGCUGUUCCACCUAACAAAACAACCAUACAACAGCAGCCGUCUACUGCAGGCCAGGGCAUGCACUUUCAGAACUGCCAGCUGCCCAUGCAGUCAUCUCCCUGCUUACAAACUAAGCCUUUAAUUCAAAGGCCUCAACUCAAUCCGCAUGGUGCUGGAAUCGGUUUCAAAAUGGCACAGCAGAGACAGGGAAUAUCACCAGGACCUCGUGUACCAGCGAAUGGGCGUCCUGCAGAUAUAACAGGCCAGGCUCAACAGCAGAGGCCACCAGUUCUCAGCUCUCAACAGAAGAACCCAGGCCAAGACCAGAACAUUCAACGACAACUGGGCCAACCGCAACACAACAUCGCUGAUACAGAGAAACUGAGCGCGCAGGAUCAGUUCAGUCGUCAUCUAACACGACCUCCACCAGACUACAAACACCCACGCAAUGGAGUUGGAGCUCAACAGCCUGGCUUAUACUCAGGCAAUGGCUCAGACCAAAAUGACAUCCAACCUUUAUCACGCCACCUGCCCAGUGGACAGGGUACUAAGAUGGUGCCCUCCUCAGGGGAGAGAAGAUUUCCGCUUGGACAAGACCCCAAUUCAGGACCCACAGGUGCUCAAGCUUGUGCAAACCAGCUACGGCAGCAACCCAGCGGCCUGAUCCGAAUGGUGCAUCAGCAAAACAAGCCUCAGUUCCAUGGGACUAACAACCAGGGGGCCACUUUUCGAUCAAGCACUGUGAGGACCAGCAUCGGUCAAGACUCCCUGCUGGGGCAAAGACUGGGUGACAUGAGCACCAAUACCAGCAGGAUGGACUCUGCUUUGAGCUGGGCAACCAGUGCCAAACAGAGUGGAGCUCUACCAGGACUAGAUGUCAAAAGGCUCCCCAAUACAGUGAUCCCACAAAGUGACAUUAAUUUUCCUCCGAGGUCUAUUUGCCCACCUAACCAGGUGGCACCUCAUUCUAGCCUGCUACCCAUAAACCCUGCGAUCAGAAGCUCUGCUCCCAGAUCCAGUCAGCCUAGAAUACCCCCACUACCUGGAGUGACUUGCCUGACCCAGUCCUCCCCCGAACAGCAGGGUUGCCCGACCACAUUUGGAGGGCUGAGCCAAAGCUCAGCAACUUAUCAGAACAACCGAGCAGGCCGGUUGACCUUUGACUUCCUACCGGAGGAUGAUAACACGGUACCAGGGUUAAACGCAGACUCUGAUUUCAUCGACUCCCUGCUUAAAUCAGGUUCGAGCAAUGAUGACUGGAUGAAAGACAUCAACCUGGAGGAAAUACUAGGCGGACAUUCGUAAAAAGAACAGACUCAAAGCAUGAGAAUUAUGUUCAAAAUGUCUGUAUUAGGAGCCUGAUGUGAAAGGCCUGUUAAAAUAUUUUAUUAUCCUUGUAUUUGAGUGGAAAACAAAUGUAUUAUAUGUACUAGUAUAUUGUUGGGUCGUUUCUUCAUAUCUUCUACUAACAUGUUGUAAAGUUUCACGUUCAUUGCUUCAGUGUUUUUUUUUUUUUUUUUUUUUUAAAUCAACCACACACUACCCCCUAUAUUCAUAUCAGUUGUUAUUAAAAUGCUGUGAGAUUUCUGUUAGAGCUUUUGUUACUCCAUUAGCAGAGAUUAAUGUAAAAUAAAUGCCAUAAUGGAGCCAUCGGUCAUGCCAUCGACACUUAACAAGCAGGCCGUUUGAAAUGAUCGAUACUUUGCUUAAUCUGGCUCUUAUAGUUCAAGGUUAUACACCUUAAAUAUUUGGCAUUUAAAAUACUAUUGUGUGAAAUGAAACGUUCAGAUCUGUUUUGACUAUCCAUUCUCAAAUUACAUAUCAACGGGUAUUGAAAAAGAGCCAUUUAUGUAUAAUUUUAUUACAUACCUAAAAGAGUAAAAUCUGUAAAGGGAAUAAACAUAUGCUUAGAAUGUUAGAUGUUGUUAACUGAUAAAGUCAACCUUAUUUAGAAAGACACAGCGAGUUUUGAAAGUUCUUAUUGGUAAUAUUGUAUUUGUACAUCUGUAUCUGUUAUAUGAAAGAUAUUUUUUCUAUUUGUUUUCUAUAAUGCACUAUAAUUCUGUCAUAAGUGUAUAUCAUAUUGUCAACUUAGCCUUUGAUAAUAAACUACAUCAAAGAAGAACAUU